AUGCUUGAGAUCUUCGAUACAAGUGAUGAGAGUAAUGGUAAUGAUAAGAUUACUGAUGAGAGUAAUAGUGAUGAUGAGAGUACUGAUGAGAUUUAUGAUAAAGAUACCAGUGAUGAAAUUACUGAUGAUAUUUAUAAUAAUGAUGUGGUUGACAAUGACGAAGAAAUCACUGACAAGAUUAACGAUUAUGAUAGUACUGAUGAUGAGAUUAAUGAUAAGACUUUAAAAACUGGUACAAACUUCGAUGAUCUAAAAUGUUUUGAAGAGUUUAACGAAAGUGGAAAUUUUGAUGAUCUAGAUUGCUUAGAUGAAGAUGAAGAAAAAAUAUUUAAUGCAUUUAAGACUGCUGAUAAAAUUAUUUCUACUUUAUCAAUUAAAUCGGAAGAACAAGAUCUUAAUGAGAUGCGCAAAAGUGGCGAUAUUAAGACCAUUGAUUUAACAGAGGAAUUAAAUUUACUUAACAUAUAUACUGAUUCUCAAAACCAAAACUUAAUAAUUAAUUUCUAA